AUGGCGCUGGCGGACGCGGCCGCCGGGGCCGGGGGGGACCCUCGGGGGCCGCUGCACAACGAGGAAGCCUUCCAGCACGGCAUCCUUUUCCAGGCCAAGUAUAUCGGCAGUUUGGACGUGCCGAGACCCAACAGCCGCGUGGAGAUCGUGGCAGCGAUGAGAAGGAUCCGGUAUGAAUUCAAGGCCAAGAACAUCAAGAAGAAAAAGGUCAACAUCGUGGUCUCCGUGGAUGGGGUGAAAGUGAUCCUGCGCAAGAAGCCGAAGAGGAAGGAGUGGACCUGGGAUGAAGGGAAAAUGGUCGUCAUGCAUGACCCCGUAUACAGGAUCUUCUACGUUUCGCACGACUCCCAAGACUUGAAGAUUUUCAGCUACAUCGCCAGGGACGGCACCAACAAUUCCUUCCGGUGCAACGUCUUUAAGUCCAAAAAGAAGACUCAGGCCAUGCGCGUCGUGCGGACGGUGGGCCAGGCGUUUGAGGUGUGCCACAAGCUGAGUCUCCAGCACGCCCUCCAGAACGCGGACGGGCAAGCCGACGGGGCCAGCAAUAACUCGGCCGAGGACCCCCCGCUGGAAGGUUUCCCGAUAGCCGGGCCCACCAUGGCUGAUGGGGAAAGCGCCCCCGUCGCUUCCAUCGAGGGGACGUGCACAUGCGGGACCGGCGGAGGGGCCCCUGACCUGCCUUUGGCCUUGGCCGACUUGGGGCCCCCAACGUCUGCUCUGAAACUAAAGGACAGGAGCGGCCAGGACAACGAGAACGGCGCCCUCCGCCCCGCGACGGCACAGCCCCUGGGUAGCCCUGCCAGCCCCUGCUCCUCGGCCUCGGUCGCCCCGCUGGCCUCUCAGCACUGCCUCCAGCUGCUCCAGCAUCAGCUCCUCCAGCAGCAGCAGCAGACGCAGGUGGCCGUAGCCCAGAUGCAGCUGCUGAAGGAUCAGCUGUCGGCCGAGACCACGGCCCGGAUCGAAGCCCAGGCCCGGGUCCGGCAGCUGCUCUUGACCAACCGUGACCUCCUCCAACAUGUCUCUUUGCUGGUCCGGCAGCUCAAGGAACUGGAGAUCAAGGUCCAGCUGCGGCAUCCAGUGGACCGUUCGCUCCAGAACCUGUCCCUCGCCCAGUCUCUCUCUCUCAACUUGAAGAACCACUACAGCCUCGAAAUCAACCUGCCUUCCACCUCCACCCCAGCCAGCGCCCUGGGCAGCCCUGUGGCCACACGGGGCACGUCUGGAUCCUAUCUGACCCUGGCGAACUUGGAGAAGGGCAGCGGGCUGCCCAACGGCACCGAGGCGGCAGAGGAGGGCUUGGCGGUGCUGGAGGGCUCGGGCGGCUACCGCAGGGUGGAGGGCUCGGAGGCGGUGGACGGCGCUGUGCCUAACGGGACCGCCUGUCAGAAGGGCGGUGACCGGGACACUCCAGUGAAAGAGGAGAGGUCACAGCCGUUCAUCCCCAAGCUGAAUCCUCCUCCUCCCACCCUGCGGAGGAGGUCAAGCAAAACCACCUCACCCUGCCUGGAGGCAGAGCCAGCCGCACCUGGCACUGGUGCCUUAUCAAACCCUGGCACCUCUUCGCUCACCAGGGUCACCCUGUCCUCCCUCACAAGCUCAGAGUCAGAAUCCAGGACACCCCAAGGAGGAGGAGGACACCUCAGCUGCUGCCCUGAGCCGCGGGGGCACCUGAGCCAGGAACAAGCGGUAGAGGAGGGGCGGAGGGUCCUGGCGAAGAGCCUCUGGGGUCACUCCGAAAAAGGCCUGGUGGGGAACCCGGCUGGCAGCUUGGAUAUUUCGUGGCCCUUCUCUUCGGGCAGCAACGAGACCCGCUUACAUAUUAGCCUCUCGGAGGAUGAGCUGGACAAAACAGGGGCCUGCGUUGCUCGCGCAUAGACACACUUUGGGCGAGAGAGAGAGAAAUGAUUAACUGGACGUCCAUGAAUGCAGCACUGGAGCAGUUUUAUGGGACCCUAUGAUCCCAGCUGGGCAUCCCAAAGGGGGUCACAGCUGGAGGAGGGGUGGUUCCAUAAGAGCCAUGCUGAUCAAAGUGGGAGGGAACAAAUCUCUCCCGAAGACGACCCCGGGAGGCUCUCAAAUCUUCCCCUGAGAUGGUUCUUCAACUCGCGUCUGUGUCUUUCACAAAGACAAGGAGGUGAAGGACCCCGGAGUAGCAGGAGACCCUAAGAAGGGCCCAGCUAGUCUCCGAUGGGAACACCCACAGCCUGCAAAGAUCCCACGUCGUCCAGGAUGCAAGCGCAAGUAAUGGUUGCUCCCAGGAAGCACCUGGGAGCAACCCGGGUGGGAGACCAUCUCCAUAGCUGGUGAUGAGCCAGAGGUGGGAAGGAAGGGUCGUUGUUGGGAGCUGGUGGCCUGCUAGGUCCGAGGUGGGAGCAAGAGAGAGAAUGGGCUGCUAGGCUUACAGAAGUCAGCAUUCAAGAGUUCCCGGGGGGAUCAUUUCACAGCCAGGGAUGAUUUCCAGAUAAAUCCCAGAACUGGGAGAAUAUUCACAGGUGAACCUGGGCCUCCCCUAGAAGAAAGCCAAGUGUUAGAAAAAGCCCAAGCUGCUGUGGGCCACGAGGAACCCGUUCAAAGGGCAUCUCUGUUUCAAACCUGGGAGCAGAAGCUGCCCACUGCCUCUCACGUUGUGGAGGAAACAC